AUGCAUCCGGGAAGUACUAAAAUGUACAAGGAUUUACGAUCUUUUUACUGGUGGCCUAUAAUGAAGAAAGAUACAGCUGAAUGUGUAGCAAAAUGUUUGACAUGUCAACAAGUAAAAGCUGAACAUCAGGCACCAGCUGGUAAGCUUCAUCCAUUGUCUAUUCCAGAGUGGAAAUGGGAAAAAAUAACGAUGGAUUUUGUUCUGGGAUUGCCUCGAAUCUUCAAGAAGCAUGAUGCCAUAUGGGUAAUUGUUGAUCAACUUAUGAAAUUAGCUCAUUUUCUACCUGUGCAACAAAGUGAUUCACUAGAAAAAUUGGCAGGAAUAUAUGUGUCAGAAAUUGUAAGAUUACAUGGAGUGCCAACAUCAAUUGUAUCAGACAGAACAUCAAUUGUAUCAGACAGAGAUCCACGUUAUCAUUCGAGUAUCGGUAUGGCUCCAUAUGAAGCUCUAUAUGGCAGAAGAUGUAGAAGUCCUGUUUGUUGGGAUAUGGAUGGAUUACAACAAUUAGAAGGUCCUGAAUUGAUACAAGAAACUAUAAACAAGAUUCAAAUAGUCAAAAAAUGCUUAAAGGCUGCACAAAACAGACAAAAGAGUUACGUGGACAAGCAUAGAAGAGAGAUGGAGUAUGAAGUGGGUGAAAAAGUAUUUUUGAGAGUGUCACCAUGGAAGGACAUUAUAUGGUUUGGCAAGCAAGAAAAAUUAAGUCCGAGGUACAUUGGCCCUUAUGAGAUAUUGGAAAGAGUUGGUCCCUUAGCUUAUCGGUUAGCACUUCCACAAGAAUUAUCGCAAAUACAUGACGUGUUCCAUGUUUCCAUGUUAAGAAGAUAUAGAUCUGAUCCUAGCCAUAUAGUACAAGAGUCAGAAAUACAGUUAACUGAAGAUUUAAGUUAUAAAGAAGAGCUUGUUGGAAUUCUUGAUAGGCAGGUAAAGAAGUUACGUAAUAAAGAAAAUCCAAUAGUAAAGGUUAAGUGGAGUAGACAUUCACCAAAAGAAGCUACAUGGGAAGUGGAAAAAGACAUGAGAGUUCAAUACCCUUACUUAUUUUCUGAGAAUGGUGAGUCACUUUAA